AUGAAGGUCACUCUGGAAUUGACUCUUGGUCUACUGGCCGUAUCGUUCGUAGAUGCAUUCGCCGUGCCUCCCCGCACAUUAUGGGCAACUAAAGCAAACCUUGCUUCUCGCUCGUAUCGCGCACACCCCGUCAGACGCGACGCAGGCUUCCAGAGUCUGGACUCGUUGACCAAUGAAGGAAGUCGCCGCCGCGAGGCUCAGAAGCAAGGUGGUGGUCUCACGAUUGGAGGCCUCACUCUAGGCGGUGCAGGCGGCGGUAUCACUGGCGACGGUCUCAAACUCGGCGGAAAUCAGCAGGGCAAUGGUACUGCGGCAGCCGCGGAGGAGCCCAAGUCUUCAGCAGCAGAGGGCGAGAAGUCCGCCGCCGCCGGUCAAAAGCCUGCUGUCGCCGCCGAGCAAGAGUCAGAAGAAGGUGCGGCUGGUGCUGGCGCUGGUACGGAGAACCAGCCCGGACGCGCCGAAGGAGAAGCAGCAAGGAAAGAAGCUGAACAGGAAGCUCAAGAGGCAGAGGGUGAGAAGUCAAACGGUGUCAAGGCUACUGAAGAGUCUGAGAAGUUCUCUGAGGAAUCUGGUAUUACUCUCGGCGAGGACGGUGCCGCGGCGAACCUCGGUGGAAACCUGGGCAUCACGCAGGGCUCCGAUGGCAGCAAGUCAGUCGGCGGCUCAAACGGCAUCAACAUCGCCGCCAAUGGAGAAGCGACUCUAGCAGGUAAUGAGUGA